UCCCCCUCUCCUCCUGCCGCUUGUCUGUGAGCUCCAAUUUCUGUCCCCUCAGCCUCUCUCUCUCUUUGACUCACAGUCUGUCUCACUGAGUCUCAACACUCUAGAGCAACCAUGCAAACUACCAGGCAAACUGCAUACUCCAUGCGUUCCUCUACCAGCAGCAGGGCCCCUGCCAUGUCCAUCACCCGCACCUCCGCUCCUGUCUACAAGGCCCAGUCCAUCCACGGCGGUGCUGGUGGCUCCCGCAUCAGCGUGUCCUCCAGCUACAGAAGCUCCCUGGGAACCGGGAUGGGAGCCGGGAUGGGAGGCGGCGCCGGGGCCGGGGGGUUCUCCAGCAGCGUCCAGGUGAGCGGGAACAGCGCAGACAUCAUGGGCAAUGAGAAGUUCGCCAUGCAGAACCUGAAUGACCGACUGGCGAGCUACCUGGAGACGGUGAGGAACCUGGAGAAGGCCAACCACAAGCUGGAGAUAAAGAUCAAAGAGGCCCUGGAGAAGAGCGGACCUGACUUCAGAGACUACAGCAAAUACCAGCCCAUCAUUGAUGACCUGAGGAAGAAGAUUUUUGAUGCCACCACCGACAAUGCCCGACUGGUUCUCAACAUCGACAAUGCUCGUCUGGCAGCCGAUGACUUCAGAGUAAAAUACGAGUCUGAGCUGGCCAUUCGUCAGUCUGUGGAGGCCGACAUCGUCGGUCUGAGGAAACUCAUCGAUGACACCAACCUGAGCCGCAUGAACCUGGAGAGUGAGAUCGAAACCCUGAAAGAAGAGCUCAUCCACCUCAAAAAGAACCAUGAAAAUGAAGUCAUGGAGCUUCGUAACCAGAUAGCCCAGUCUGGUGUUCACGUAGAUGUUGACGCUCCAAAGGGUCAAGAUCUGGCCCAGAUCAUGGCAGAAAUUAGGGCUAAGUAUGAAAAGAUGGCAAAGAAGAACCAGGAGGAUCUCAAAGUGUGGCAUGAAUCUCAGAUUGUAGAAGUUCAGACACAGGUGUCACAGAACACAGAGGCCCUCAAGGGCGCCCAGACAGAGAUAAACGACUUGCGCAGACAGAUACAAACCCUGGAGAUUGAACUGGAGUCACAGAAGAGCCUGAAAGGCUCUCUGGAGGGUACGCUGAGGGACACAGAGUUGCGCUACAACAUGGAGAUAGAGUCCCUUAAUGCUGUUCUCCUGGGCCUGGAGGCGGAGCUCACGCAGCUGAGGAACCAGAUCCAGCUGCAGUCACAGGAUUACGAGGCCCUGCUGAACACAAAAAUGAAACUGGAGGCCGAGAUUGCAACAUACAGGCGGCUGCUGGACGGUGGAGACUUCAAGCUUCAGGAUGCCUUAGAAGAGCAGAAAACAAUGACCAAGACCAAAGUAAUGACCGUCACACAGACCCUGGUGGAUGGGAAAGUGGUCUCCUCCAGCACAGAAACGAAGAACCUUUAAUCAUAGCAUGUGAUUGAAAGACCCAAGAAACACUAAAACAAGAAAACAAUUAGCAAAGUAUUCGUUUUUAUAAAUGUAUCAAACUUUAUAUGCAAGAGAUACUCAUAAGAUCUGAGCUCUUUGUUAAGCUUCACACCCAGGCCAACCAGUUGUUGCAGAGGCUGAUGGAAAUUGGAUGAGAGGAAAACAAAAUCAUCAGUUAUUUAUUUAAUCUUGGUUUAUUUAUGUCAUUGUUUGCUGUCCUUUAGAUGUUUACAAUAGUUUGCAAUUGGUAGAUUUUGUCAAUCUAUCACAAAUCUAACAAAUUGAGAGAAAUUUCAAAUUGAAAAGGGUCCAAUUAAAAACCAUUUCAAAAUACAUCUUUUUGCCUUUGGUUUUCCUUUUUCCCAAUUUGGUCUGUCUGCUGCUCGGUGGUGAUUAAACAUUUCAAUAAAGUUCUUUUGAAAAAAA